AGUAAAUGAAUAUAUGAGGCAAGUCAAAUAAAGUGCGUAUGUGGUUUUGUGAAAGCUUCAUUAGUUAAAGCUUCAUUUAUGUUUCUACUCAAUAAAAUUUAUUUGAAUAAAUUAAAGCUAUUCUCUCAUUAGUUUUUUCUAGCCAAAUAAUUGUGCUUCAGUAAAAACUAAUGAAACUCAAAAGAUUUCAUUACAUUUACUCCCAACAGUUUUGAACUUGAUAUAAUUAAAAACAUUCCUUUUCCUGAUGUUUGAAUGAUCAGUGUGACUGUUAGUACAUUCAGUUGUGCAUUGACAAAAGCAAUAAAGUAUAGAGAUUCAUGGUCCUUACAUCAUUGUCAUCAGUGAAUGAGUACUCACCUGGACUUCUUAAACUUCCUGCUUAGUGUGUUAUAUAAGUGUCCAUGUUUAGUGUCCCUGUUUUGGUUUGCAUAUUUUUCAUUUAUAUAGUGAUAUUAUAUCAAGUUAAUAUACUCAGUCUUUUUUUCUUGUUGGGCACUUGAGUUGUUUCUUCAUUGUAAAUAUUGUGAAGAGAAGCCUGAAAUUUAGUGGUUUAUUUUAUUUUAUCUACCUGUUUAGCAAAACUUGAACUAGUUUUCUUUCUACCUGUACUUUUUUUUAUUUUGGGAAGGAAACACAUGACAGUAAAAAUUCUUAUACCAGUAAUUUUUUCUUCCCACUAAGAAUUUUCUAGGGGAUUGAAUUGGGCUUUUAAAAUCAGAUUAAAGAUUUUUAAUCAAUCUGAUAACAACUAAAGGACUUUCAGUUCAGUCACUCAGUUGUGUCCGACUGAGACCCCUCAUAUAGUAUGUACUUCUUUUGGUGGGGGGAGGAUGUCUGGCUUCUUAAACUCAGUAUUAGUGCUUUGAAAUUCAUCCAUAUUGUAAUGUGUUUGUGUCUUUUUAUUGUUGGGUAAUGUUAUAUUGUAUGGAUAUACUGCAAAACUUUAUUUUUGUCCAUGUUCUAAUUGACAGCGAUUUGGGUGGUUUUCAGCUUUUAACCAUUAUAUAUAAAGCUACUGUGAGCAUUCACAUAUAAGUCUCUGGAGGAAUAUAUACCUUCUUUUCUCCUCCAUAACUGUCUAAAAGUGGAAUAGCUGCAGAUGUGAUAGGGAAAUAUUUUUUCCCAGAUUGUGGCUUGUUUUAAUUCUUUUAACAGCAUGUUUCAAAGGGCAGCAACUGGCUCUAAUCAUGGACAGAGUGUCUCUGCAGGAAAUCUUUUUCUGUUCAGAAAGAUUUUUUUAAAAAAACUCUAAUAAGUGAAUUCUGCAAGGUUGAAAGAUACAAGGUCAAUAUAUAACAAUCAGUUGUAUUUCUAUAUAAUAGCAAAGGACAGCUGGAAAUAAAAAUUUUAAAGUAACAUCUCAAUAGCACCAGAACUUAUAAAAUAUUUAAUAUUGGCUUUACAAGACAUGUGCAAGAUUUGUAUAAUGAAAAUUACAAGAUACUAAUGGAAGAAACCAAAGAAGACCUACGUAAGUGGAGAGAGAUACCAUAUUCAUGUAUUGGAAGAGUUAAUAUUGUUAAGGUAACCAUUUGUCCUGAGCUCAUCUACAGAGUCAGUGCAAUUCCAGCCAGAUCUCAGGAGGAGAGGAUUUCUUAUAGAAAGAAACAAGCUGAUUCUAAAAUUGAUACGGGAAAACAAAGGAACUAGAAAAAGGUAAAACAAUUUUGAAAAAGACAAAAAAGUUGAAAAACUUGUGAUUUCAACUUAUUAUAUUACUGCAAUACUCAAGAAUAAAGAUAGAGAAAAGACAAACUUGCAGAUCAAUGGAACAAAAUAGAGAAUUCAGACAUGCAAAAUGGUCAGUUUGUUUUGAUGAGGGUAUUAAGGCAAUUCAGUAGAGUAAGGAUAAUCUGGAAUAGUUGGAUGUUCAUAUAUAAAAAACUCCGUCUUAUUUGGGCCUCUAAUAUCCUCUGUUGGACACUGGGCAGCCCCUUGCUCAGGAAUUCGUAUAAAUGUUGGAACAGAUGACAGAAAGGCGCCAAUGGAUAUGAAAUAGGAAAUAAGGUUUACUCACCAAGUCAACUGCAAAAGGAUUCCUUAAGGAGAGGUCUUAGGUUUAGUCCAGACUGAAGCCAAAGUGAAGGAGAAUGGUUGAAUUUAAUUUUCAUUGUGACUAGGAGUAUGAUAGUUCCCAUGUGUGGGAUUUUCAUGGUUUUAGCUUCCCAUUGAUAGUGGAGAGAAUGGCCAGGCUUUCAUACUAACUUAUCCAGAUGUGGGGCAAAGGGAGAGGGAAGUGGGCUUUAAGGCAGUUAACCUUCAAACAUCAAAAUAGCAAAUUUUUCUUUAUUAUAGCCUCAGUGCAAAAAUUCCCCAUUUUUGCCAGUCUAUGCAAAAACUGGUUCAAAAUGGUUCAUAGAUCUCAAAAUAAGACCUAAAGCUAGAAAAUAACUUGAAGAAAAUGUAAGACAAUCUUUUGGACCUUAGAUUGAGCAAAGUUUUUUUUUUUUUUUAAUUUCAGCAAAAAGUUAAACACCAAAAGCAUGAUCCAUAAAUGAAUAAAUCAGUACUGUGUUCAACUUCAUCAAAAUUAAGAACUUAUGCUGUCUGAAAGAGUGUUAUGAGAGUGAAAAGAGAAGUCCCAGACUGGGAGUUAAUGUUCUUCUAUCACAUAUCUAACAAAAAACUUGUAUCCAGAAUAUCUACAGAACUCACAAAAUUCAAUAGCAAAAACUGGCUAUCUUAUUUCAACUUCUUGUGUCCUUGAUUACUGGUGUGUGAGCCUGUAAAACUAAACCUUUGAAGAUGAUCUGGUAUAUUUUAGUUGUAGGGAUUCUACUUUCCCAGUCUUUGGCCCAUCCAGGCUUUUUUACUUCUAUUGGUCAGAUGACUGAUUUGAUUCAUACUGAAAAAGAUCUGGUGACUUCCCUGAAAGACUAUAUAAAGGCAGAAGAGGACAAAUUAGAACAAAUAAAAAAAUGGGCAGAGAAAUUAGAUCGGUUAACCAGCACAGCAACAAAAGAUCCAGAAGGAUUUGUUGGACACCCUGUAAAUGCAUUCAAAUUAAUGAAACGUCUGAACACUGAGUGGAGUGAGUUGGAGAAUCUGGUCCUUAAGGAUAUGUCAGAUGGUUUUAUCUCUAACCUAACCAUUCAGAGACAGUACUUCCCUAAUGAUGAAGAUCAGGUUGGUGCAGCCAAAGCUCUGUUGCGUCUCCAGGACACCUACAAUUUGGAUACGGAUACCAUCUCAAAGGGUGAUCUUCCAGGAGUAAAAGACAAAUCUUUUCUAACAGUUGAGGACUGUUUUGAGUUGGGCAAAGUGGCCUACACAGAAGCAGAUUAUUACCAUACAGAACUGUGGAUGGAACAAGCACUGAGGCAGCUGGAUGAAGGCGAAGUUUCUACCAUUGAUAAAGUCUCUGUUCUAGAUUAUUUGAGCUAUGCAGUAUACCAGCAGGGAGACCUGGAUAAGGCGCUUUUGCUCACAAAGAAACUUCUUGAACUAGAUCCUGAACAUCAGAGAGCUAACGGUAACUUAAAAUACUUUGAGUAUAUAAUGGCUAAAGAAAAAGAUGCCAAUAAGUCUUCAGAAGACCAAUCUGAUCAGAAAACCACACUGAAGAAAAAAGGUGCUGCUGUGGAUUACCUGCCAGAGAGACAGAAGUACGAAAUGCUGUGCCGUGGGGAGGGUAUCAAAAUGACUCCUCGGAGACAGAAAAAACUCUUCUGUCGCUACCAUGAUGGAAACCGGAAUCCUAAAUUUAUUCUGGCUCCAGCCAAACAGGAGGAUGAAUGGGACAAGCCUCGUAUUAUCCGCUUCCAUGAUAUUAUUUCUGAUGCAGAAAUUGAAAUUGUUAAAGAUCUAGCAAAACCAAGGCUGAGCCGAGCUACAGUACAUGACCCUGAGACUGGAAAAUUGACCACAGCCCAGUACAGAGUAUCUAAGAGUGCCUGGCUGUCUGGCUAUGAAAACCCUGUGGUGUCUCGAAUUAAUAUGAGAAUCCAAGAUCUAACAGGACUAGAUGUCUCCACAGCAGAGGAAUUACAGGUAGGUAAUCACAUUAUUCUUCUACUUCUUCAAAAGAUGCUUCACAUAGAGAACUCUCCUCAAUGUUAUGUGGCAGCCUGGAUGGGAGGGGAGUUUGGGGGAGAAUGGAUACAUCUAUAUGCAUGGCUGAGUCCUUUUGCUAUCCAUCUCAAAUUAUCACAACACUAUUAAUUGGCUAUACUCCAAUACAAAAUAAAAGGUUAAAAUUUUUUUUUAAAGAUGCUUUAGAUGAGAUUUUUCUGUCACUGUACAGACAAUAUUCAAUUUGCAAUAUACUUUGUGACUGUAAAAGUGAAUAUAUAGGCUGAAACCGUGUACACUGAUCUUAAUAAUCAGUGGGAAAACUUAAAAUUGUUCUGGGACCUUUAAAAUUUUUUCUCAAAACAUUAAAAACUCUUACUGUUGAGUAUAAAUUUCUAGGGAAAUUAAAAAUAUGUAAUACUAAUAUUUAUUAGUACAGUUUUUCAUAAAUAAUUUUUUCUUUCUGUUUUCUAUUCAUAUACCGUAAAAUUUACCCUGGUUUUAAUAUUUACAUGGUUGUACAAUCAUCACCACUAUUUUCAUCACACCAAAAGAAACCCCAUUUAAUCACUCUCCAUUCCCCUGCUCUAGUGCCCCUGGCAAAUGCUUCUCUACUUUCUAUGAAUUUGCCUAUUCUAGAUAUUUCAUAUAAAUGGAGUAAUACAAUAUGUGGCUUGCUAUAUUUGGGUUAUUUCACUUAACAAUGUUUUUAAGCUAUAUAUGUGUUGUAGCAUGAAUCAGUACUUCAUGCUUUUUCAUGUCUGAAUAAUACUCUCUUGUUGGAUAUACCACAUUUUAUUUAUCAGUUGAAGAACAUUUGUUUCCACUCUUUGGAUAUUAUGACUAAUGCUAUGAACAUUACAAAUUUUUGAACAGACAGCAUUUAAAUUCCUCUUGGGUAUAUAUCUACUUAAGGAAAUGUGCUGGGUCAUGUGUUAUCUUUAAUAUUUGAGGAGCUGACAAACUGUUUUCCCAAAUGGCCACAUGAUUUUAUGAUCCCACUGGCAAUGUACAAGGGUUCUAUUUUUGUCACAUCUUUGCCAACACCUGUUCUUGCCUGUUUUUUUAAAUUAAGAUUACUCUAAUAUGUUUGAAAUGCAAUUUCAUUAUGGUUUUUAAUUGCAUUUCCCUGGAAAACCACUAGAUCAUACAGGUAUGA